CCCCGUCCAGGUCAACGUGAAAGUAAUUCCUCUCCUUUCCCUUUCUUCUUCUUUUGCUUAGGCACUCUUCCUCUCGUCGACCACAGAUGACCGACUCUUACAUCUCUUCUCGCAACGGCGACCUCUCCCCUUCACCAAACGGCGCUGCCAAUGGUUCGACUCCCUCGCUUUCUCCCAACAGCAACGGCGGCCUCAACCCCAUUAUCCGCAAGAAACUCAUGGGCUAUGUCGGCUUUGCUAAUCUCCCUAACCAGGUUCACAGGAAGAGUGUGAGGAAGGGCUUCCAGUUCACGGCCAUGGUUGUUGGCGAAUCUGGGUUGGGGAAGUCUACGCUCGUCAACACGCUAUUUGAAACGACUCUAUAUGCCCCCAAGGUACCCCUUCCUCCCAAUGCGGAACGUCCGCAAACCGUCGCCAUUGAAAGCAUUAGCGCCGACAUUGAAGAGAAUGGGGUCCGACUUCGCCUUACUGUUGUCGACACUCCAGGGUUUGGAGACUUUGUCAACAACGAUGACAGCUGGAAGCCAAUAGUGGAGAACAUCGAGGCCCGGUUCGACUCUUACUUGGAGCAGGAGAACCGCGUCAACCGAUUGAAGAUUGUUGACAAUCGUGUUCAUGCGUGCCUAUACUUCAUCCAGCCGACGGGUCACUCCCUGAAGCCCUUGGACAUCGAGUUCAUGCGCCGGCUUCAUACCAAGGUCAAUCUCAUUCCCGUGAUCGCGAAGGCCGAUACCCUCACGGACGAUGAGAUUGCCGAAUUCAAGGCUCGGAUUUUGGCCGAUAUUGCAUACCACAACAUCCAUAUCUUCCAAGCUCCGACCUACGAGAACGAGGAUGAAGAGACUGUCGCAGAGGCGGAAGAGAUUGCUGGAAAGAUUCCAUUCGCCGUUGUUGGCUCCGAUCAGAGCGUGAAGACGCCCGAUGGACGCGACGUCCGUGGACGAUCUUACCCUUGGGGUGUCAUCGAGGUUGACAAUGAAGAGCACUGUGACUUUGUCAAGCUUCGCCAGAUGUUAGUCCGGACAUAUAUGGAAGAGCUGAGGGAGUACACCAACGGUGUUCUGUACGAGAACUGGCGAACGGAGAAACUCCUCAGCAUGGGUGUCGCCCAAGAUUCGAGCGUCUUCAAGGAAGUCAACCCUGCCCUGCGUAUGCAGGAAGAGCGGGUCUUGCACGAGGCGAAGCUUGCGAAGAUGGAGGCCGAGAUGAAGAUGGUCUUCUCGCAAAAGGUGCAAGAAAAAGAGGCAAAGCUCAAGCAGUCCGAGGAAGAGCUGUACGCCAGACAUCGGGAGAUGAAGGAGGCUUUGGAGAAGCAAAAGAAAGACCUCGAGACCAAGAAAAUGAAGGUCGAGAGCGGCAGGCCUUUGACUCCAGACAAACCCAAGAACACCAAGAGGGGAUUCCUUCGCACGUAAUGUUCGCCGGGACUUUUACUUUUAAAAGCUUAUCCUUAACUGUUUUGCUUGCGUUACAUGGCCAAGUAACCCUUCUUGUUCCUCCCAGCUGCCCUUGGUAUCGUACACUUUCUACUUUUGUACGAGGGGCCUCCUCGCCCCGCCCGUUUUCCUUUCAUAGUGACAUCAGAACACUCCCCACGCUCGUUUGCCAUGGAUAUCCCGGCGUUGUUCGCCGUUCGCUUCAGUAUGACUACCUCUGUUUUGCUUUAGUUUGCGUUUCUUACGGGUCGUUGAAUCGACGGAUUGCUCUUGAUGACAAAUAUGAUACCUCGGCUUUGCGCCACCCCAUCUUAUUUUGGCCACGCCCUGUUUCUUUCCGCGAGCCUCAGCCUGUACAUACCCCGCUGCCACUCUCCCAUGGCUGAUAUACAGGCCCUCUUGGCUGCCCUCG